UCUCAUUUCGCGCUCGCCUCUUGCGUAACUGGCUGGUGUCGUUGUUUGUGUGGUGUUCAUUUUCGUUUCACUUACAAAAUCGCACAUUUUGUAGAAGUUCUCUACUGCAAUCAUGCGUGAGAUCGUGUAUGUACAAGCUGGACAGUGUGGAAACCAAAUUGGUUCCAAGUUUUGGGAAGUGAUCUCUGACGAGCACGGCAUUAAGCCUGAUGGCACAUACCACGGAGAAUCUGAUUUACAAUUAGAACGAAUCAAUGUGUACUAUAAUGAAGCACAUGGAGGCAAAUAUGUCCCGCGUGCAGUUCUUGUUGAUCUCGAGCCCGGAACUAUGGAUUCGGUCCGUUCCGGGCCAUACGGGCAAUUGUUCCGCCCUGAUAACUACGUGUUUGGACAGUCUGGCGCAGGAAAUAACUGGGCAAAAGGUCACUACACUGAAGGCGCUGAACUUGUCGACAAUGUACUAGAUGUAGUGCGAAAAGAAGCUGAAGGAUGUGACUGUCUGCAGGGCUUCCAGCUAACUCACUCACUUGGAGGAGGUACCGGAUCGGGUAUGGGCACUCUCCUCAUCUCCAAAAUUCGGGAGGAGUAUCCUGAUAGAAUCAUGUGCUCGUUCUCCGUUGUUCCCUCACCAAAGGUCUCCGACACCGUUGUGGAGCCGUACAAUGCUACCCUAUCCGUUCAUCAGUUGGUUGAAAAUACAGACGAGACUUUCUGUAUUGACAAUGAAGCUCUUUAUGAUAUUUGCUUCCGCACUUUGAAACUCACGAACCCAACUUAUGGAGAUCUGAAUCAUCUUGUGUCUGUAACAAUGUCUGGUGUCACUACAUGCCUUCGCUUCCCUGGCCAAUUGAACGCCGAUCUACGUAAACUAGCUGUUAACAUGGUUCCAUUCCCUCGUCUUCACUUCUUUAUGCCUGGCUUUGCUCCCCUCUCUGCUAAAGGCGCUCAGGCUUACCGUGCUCUUACUGUAGCCGAGCUAACUCAACAGAUGUUCGAUGCCAAAAAUAUGAUGGCCGCUUGCGACCCUCGACAUGGACGUUAUCUCACCGUCGCAGCCAUGUUCCGAGGACGAAUGAGCAUGAGGGAGGUAGACGACCAGAUGAUGUCAGUGCAGAACAAGAACUCCUCAUACUUCGUAGAGUGGAUUCCGAACAACGUCAAAACCGCUGUAUGCGACAUUCCGCCGAGAGGACUGAAAAUGGCCGCUACCUUCGUUGGAAACUCAACUGCCAUCCAAGAGCUGUUCAAGCGCAUUUCAGAACAAUUCACAGCUAUGUUCCGCCGCAAAGCGUUCUUGCAUUGGUACACUGGUGAAGGUAUGGACGAGAUGGAGUUCACUGAAGCCGAGUCCAACAUGAAUGAUCUCAUCUCCGAAUACCAGCAAUACCAGGAAGCUACCGCUGACGAUAUGGGCGAUCUCGAUGCGGAAGGCGCUGAAGAGGCUUACCCUGAAGAAUAGACCAGCAGACUGUGUUGCGUUGUUCGUUUCUCUGUGUCAAUGCGAAAUACACAUUGAUUGCGUUUCUUGUGUCGUAUAUGCUUCUGUUUGCAUUGCUUUUAUAAAAAAGCUAUUGUGCCGGUAAAUCCUUUUCGCGCGUUGUUUGCUAUCUAAACCAGACCUACAGAUGACGCUCCAUCGUACUUCUGGGCACAAAUGGGUCGUUAAAUGUAGACGGUGUAAUAAAUUUGUUGAUUCUCUGC